CUGUGGUCACUCAGUUGUCAAUCGAUAAUUGGAAAAUGGCCGCGAAACAAAAUUCUACUGUUCAAGAAGCCCAACCUAGUACAAGUACUAGUACGUCGGAUGAUAUUCCGAUGACAUCCUUGGAAGAAAGUCUUCUCAGCUUGGAGAAACUAGAUCGUGCUUCUCCGGAAAUAUGGCCCGAAUCGAUUCCAGGAUUGUCGGAGUACGCGCCGCUACCCAAUGCAAAGCAAUCACCACCUCCAUGGAACAGAGGACUUACUAGAGAGGACAUCAAUUAUGUGCACCAACUAGGACUCCUAUCAGCAAGUGGAUUAAUAUUAGAAGUGAAGAAACUCCAUGAUCUCGCUUACCAACUGGGGCUUGAGGAAGCUAAAGAAAUGACCAGGGGCAAAUACCUCAACAUAUUCUCAAAAAGGCAACGGUAGAUUGUUAUGAUACCUAUAUCUUGCCUUUAUGUAUAUUUUUGUUUUUAAGUUUUGCAUUGUAGUAAGUACUUAGAUAUUAAAAUAAAAAUUAAAUUAUA